CGGCCUGCCCUGUCUGCCUCAGAGCCUGCUGGGAGUUGGGGGGAGAAACCGUCGAGGGAGAGCGAGCAAGGGGGUGAAGUGUGUGUGUUUGUGUGUGUGUGUGCGUGCAAGUCCUAAACUGGAAACCACUACCAAAAAGCACACACGCAAGAUUCCCAUCGACUUGAAAGCCCCACGGACGGGUUGUGUUGGCACUCCUUUACAACUAGCUGUGAAAACCCGCCACGGAGAGCCUGAAACUUGCGCGAUUGUUUUUCUUUUUUUUUCUUCUUCUUCUUCUGUGGUAGCGGCUAUGGAAAGCGGCAGUGCUGUUGCGCCGUGCCGACCGCUCUGAUACUUGAGCGGAUUCAUUGGUUGGAGCAGCAUUGCGCAUUGGACCCGCUUGUCUAUCUACCGCUUAUCCAGAGGUUAGAGGAACAAUGAAGAACUAACGUCAACGUUUUCUUCUCGCUCCAAGUCGAGCUCGUUGCAGACUUAAAUCCUUUCAAAGUGUCAUUUUUUUUUUGGUCUCGCGCCUCUUCUUUCCCUCGCGUUCGUUUUCCUCGUCCUGUGUGGGAUGCGUAGGCUGCUCUAGGAUCCCGCUUGUUGACACACUGUUUUUUUUUUAAAAAGAAGUUUACAACAAGCUUCGGACACAAGAAGACAGAAAAUGUCCACCCCGAGGUUCAAAAAGGAUAAAGAAAUCAUCGCGGAUUACGAGAGUCAAGUCAAAGAGAUUCGGACCCAGUUGGUGGAGCAGCAGAAAUGUCUGGACCAGCAGACAGAGAUGAGGGUCCAGCUGCUGCAGGACCUCCAGGACUUCUUCAGGAAGAAGGCAGAGAUUGAGAUGGAAUACUCCAGAAACCUGGAGAAACUGGCCGAGCGCUUCAUGGCAAAGACUCGCAGCACCAAGGAUCACCAGCAGUACAAGAAAGACCAGAACCUGCUGUCCCCGGUCAACUGUUGGUACCUGUUGCUGAACCAGGUGAGGAGGGAGAGCAAGGACCACGCCACACUGAGCGACAUCUACCUCAACAACGUCAUCAUGAGGUUCAUGCAGAUCAGUGAGGACUCCACACGGCUACUCAAGAAGAGCAAGGAGAUAGCCUUUCAGCUCCAGGAAGACUUGAUGAAGGUCCUAAAUGAGCUAUACACAGUGAUGAAGACCUACCACAUGUACCACUCGGAGAGCAUAAGCGCCGAGAGCAAGCUGAAGGAGGCUGAGAAGCAAGAGGAGAAGCAGAUCGGCAGGGGAGAACCAGUCUUCAGCAUCCGAAUGGAGGACAAAUACCAGAGGCGCAGCUCCGUGAAAAAGAUCGAGAAGAUGAAAGAGAAGCGUCAAGCCAAGUACUCCGAGAACAAGCUGAAGUCGAUCAAAGCGCGGAACGAGUACCUACUGACGCUGGAAGCGUCAAACUCCUCCGUCUUCAAAUACUACAUCCACGACUUGUCGGACUUAAUUGAUUGCUGUGAUUUGGGGUACCACGCAAGUCUGAACCGGGCCCUGCGGACCUACCUGUCAGCCGAAUACAACCUCGAGACGUCACGCCACGAGGGUCUUGACAUCAUAGAGAACGCCGUUGACAGUCUGGACCCCCGCAGUGACCGACAGAGGUUCAUGGAGAUGUUCCCUACGGCCUUCUGCCCACCGGCAAAAUUUGAGUUCCAGUCUCAUAUGGGAGACGAGGUGUGUCAGAUCUCAUUGCAGCCCCCGGUGAACGGAGAGCUCAUCCUGAGGUUCCAGCAGCUUCAGUCUCGUCUGGCUACUCUAAAGAUCGAGAACGAAGAGAUCAAAAAGACGUCGGAGGCCACUCUGACCACAAUCCAGGACAUGGUGACCAUCGAAGACUACGACGUGUCCGAGUGUUUCCACCACAGCCGAUCUACCGAGUCGGUCAAGUCCACCGUGUCGGAGACGUACCUCAGCAAACCCAGCAUCGCCAAGAGGAGGGCCAACCAGCAGGAGACGGAGCAGUUCUACUUCAUGAAAUUCCGGGAGUUUCUGGAGGGCAGUAAUCUCAUCUCCAAACUGCAGGCCAAACAUGACUUACUGAAGAGGACACUUGGUGAAGGCCACAGAGCUGACUACAUGACCACAAGACAUCCCAAUGGGUCGCUCAAAACCCACACCGCCACCCGGCGGGCUAGACCCUGCUCUGUUUUUAAUGUUAGGUUAUUUAAUGGCAAUUUGGAGUCAUUUAUCAAGGACUCUGGACAAGCUAUACCCCGUGUGGUUGAAAGCUGUAUCCGCUGCAUAAAUUUGUAUGGCCUUCAACAUCAAGGAAUAUUCCGUGUAUCUGGAUCCCAGCUGGAAGUCAAUGACAUCAAGAACUCAUUUGAAAGAGGAAACGACCCCCUGGCGGACGAUGAGAACGGUCAUGACAUCAACUCGGUGGCUGGCGUUCUCAAACUUUACUUCCGUGGUCUGGAGAAUCCUCUUUUCCCAAAAGAGAGGUUCAAUGAUCUGCUGUCAUGCAUCAGGAUAGAAAACCUGUAUGAGAGAGCGUUAUACAUCCGUAAGAUCCUCCUGACCAUUCCCAGAUCUGUCCUCAUCGUCAUGCGCUACCUCUUCGCCUUCCUCAACCACCUGUCCCAGUACAGUGACGAGAACAUGAUGGACCCGUACAACCUGGCCAUAUGCUUCGGCCCCACGCUCAUGCCCACGCCAGAAAGCCAGGACCAGGUCUCCUGCCAGGCCCACGUCAAUGAGAUCGUCAAGACCAUCAUCAUCCACCAUGAGACCAUCUUUCCUGAUGCCAAAGAACUGGAUGGGCCCAUCUACGAGAAGUGUAUGGCUGGAGGAGACUACUGUGAAAGCCCCUACAGUGAGCAUGGAGCCCUGGAGGAAGUAGAAAAUGAGGGAGGGACAGAGACACACACCAGCGAAGACGAGGGCGAGCCCAUUGAAGCCAUUGCCAAGUUUGACUACGUUGGGCGCUCUUCCCGAGAGUUGUCCUUCAAGAAGGGCGCUUCCCUGCUGCUGUAUCAGCGGGCAUCAGAAGACUGGUGGGAGGGACGGCACAACGGCAUCGAUGGCCUGGUUCCACACCAGUAUAUUGUGGUCCAAGACAUAGAUGACACCUUCUCAGACACUCUGAGUCAGAAGGCUGACAGCGAGGCCAGCAGCGGCCACGCUGGCGAGGAUAAAUGCUCGGGGAAAGACAUGGGCUCGCCCUCUGACACCAGGAUCUCCGAGGCCUACAUCACCAGCAGGCACAAGAAAAGAUCAGACCCCCCAUCUCGGCGGCCCCCUGCCCGCCCCAGCGACGUUCACUGCACGGUGCAUCCCUCCCAGCAUAGCCACGGAGGCACCCCGGAGAUGGGCUCCCCGGUCCUGGGCCACUUCAGCCCCCGGGACGUGCUGCGGAGUCGCAACAACCACAUGCUGGCGGACAGCCCGGAACGCCGCCGGCGCGCCGGCCACGGCAGUCUGACUAACAUCAGCCGCCACGAGUCGCUGAAGAAGAUGGAGAGCCCCCCGAUCCGCCGCUCUACCUCCUCGGGCCAGUACCCAGGCUUCACUGACGCCCACGCCCCCCACCACCACCACCACCACCACCACCUCCACCACCACGGCGGCGGCGGCAAGCCCCUGGAUCCGGAGACCAUCGCACAGGACAUAGAGGAAACCAUGAACACCGCUCUGAACGAGCUGCGCGAGCUGGAGCGGCAGAGCUCGGCCAAGCACGCCCCCGACGUGGUGCUGGACACCCUGGAGCAGCGGCAGACCUCCGGCGGGAGCGGCGGGGGUCCCACGCCGGCCAGCUCCAGCGAGUCCCUCAGCCCCGUCCACGGCGUCGUGCUGAGGUCCGCCGCCAACACCGAGCCGCCCAUUCGCCGCAGCGCCAGCUCCUCCAGCGAUACCAUGAGCACCUUUAAGCCUCUGGUAGCGCCGCGCAUGGGGGUGCAACUCAAACCCCCGGCCUUGAGGCCCAAGCCCAUGGUCCUGCCCAGGUCCAGCCAGGCGCCGCAUCCUCCAGCUGCCUCGGCUCAGGACCCUCUGGACAAGUCCUGCACCAUGUAACCUCUGACACAAGGAACCGGAGACGGAAAACAAAAACAAAAAAAACGUUCGACCUCAAUCCAUUUCCAGGGGGCUGCAAAACGCUACCAGCGUCGGCUGUCGAUGGACAUACAACAUCUAAUAUCUAAGAGCGUGUAAAAUACAUAAAGCCGGACAGUGGUGUUUUGAAACAAGAUCGUAAAGCGGAGUCUGACGGGAUCCGAGAGACUCGUGUAAGAGUGCCGACAGACCUCCCGUCUCAAUAACAAGGUUAUUAUUAUUCAACAAAUGUAUGGAAAUUCAAACAACAAAUCACAAAGGCUUCCUUCAAGGUUGUAGAAAACACGUACACUAGUUAGUUUAGUGUGCGGACAUUCGUGAACUGUGUAACUCUGAAUAGAACAACGCUGCAUGUAGCUCCUCUGUUCACCACUGAACCUGAAACGGCGCUUGACGAGAACCGUAGCGACCACAGUGGCAUUCUCACACAUAGAACUAGAUUGUUGUUGUUGUUGUUGUUGUUGUUGUUGUUUUUUUGCUCUUCCCUAGGAGGGCCAUUGGAUUUGAUGUGAACUAGUUCAAAGGCCUUCUUGACUUUGAGAUGUAACUGAUUUCACACGUUAAACAUUUUCAAAAGGUGCUGCGACUAGCUGGACAGAAACGGUUCGAGGGUUGGGCAGAUCACGGGCCUGAAGAGCCUUUUAACAACUUAAACGGUACUUUGUUAUCAGAUAGCAUUGUGCUUCUCUUCACUGGCGUGUAAACUUUGCGACUUUUCUUUGGCAAGGCGUACCAUCCCGUUGUGUCUCAGAAAAUGUACAAAGUGCUGGAUUCACUCAAAUAGAUUUUUUUUGUUUUUUGUUUUUAACAGGUAUUCCAUAUUGCCUGGAAAUGAGAUAUAACUAUUGGAUAAAACCACUACUUCAUUUAUUGACUUUGUUUGAAUUUGAUGCAUUCUUGAAUUCCUGCAUCAAAAACUCAUGACGCGUGCAUAAAAUAUGCCUCGUAAUCGCUUAGAACUUUGCAUCUGUAUGACAAAUGAGGAGCCGUGUGAAAAAUGAUGACAAAUCAUCUCCUAUGUUCAGAGUAUAUACAACACAUGCCAUAGCUACUUUUUACACCUUGCUUGGCUUUAUCUACCCAAAGACAUGACCGGGGUCUCGGCCCUCCGUAUAUAUGAUGUAGGCAUUCUUCAUACUGACUCGUGUAUAGACUAACGGCAGCGCCCUGUGGGACCGCUGCCGGUAGCCAUGGACCUAACGACUGUUAGUUUGAACGCCUCCUAAUAUGCUCCCCCUGCAUGCUAUGCUUCUCUGGAAACAGCAGCUUGCUUCGUGUCCCUCCAGUCUGUUUUAUGUUCAUGUGAGAAUGUCAGUAAUGUGUUUUUUGUAUUGUUCUCUGACUGAGAAGAGUCUCUCUCUCUCUCUCUCUCUCUCUGUGUGUGUUUUCUGUAUUUGUGGAUGAGGACACCUCUAAAGGCCUGGCGCAGCAGAAUACACGAGUCUCCCAUAACCGGUAAAAAACGGCCCUUAUGUGUGCAGUUUGAGUAAUAAUUUCAAAUGCAAUAGCCACAUACAACCGUAUGUGCCAGAGCUCCCAACUGUGUGACUGACUGCACCACCUGUAUUUGUUUUUUUAUAACCUCAGUACUGUAGAAAUAACAGAACUGCGUGCAUGUCCUGGGAUUGUUUGAGCUAGCAUAAUAUAACACACAGAAAAGACUUGGUUUGCGAUGAAUAAGCAGUGCUCUCUAACGGCAGGUUUACACUAUUCUUUUGACUUGACAAGAUAUUGUGUAUAAUAAUCAAAAGAGGAAUUAACUUCCGACUUACUAACUUUCAUUAUUUUUGUAAUCAUUUUUGUUAUUUUGGUUUUUUUCUGACUUGGAACAAAUGAUGUAGAAUAAAUAUCCGGAGAUACAGUUUGAAGCCAGAUGUAAAAAAAAAAAAAAGAAGUGUGCUUUUGUCACCAUGUUAUCGUCAACAAUAGGACUUGUAGGCUUUAAGCUACUCUGUAGUGUUCUGUACAUCUGUAGUAUGUACUUGUGAAAGUGCCUUUGAAGAUGUUUUAGAGGAACUCCAGACAUUCUGUACUGUUGCAUUUUUCGUGUCGGAUGCUUUUUGUGUUGAGAAAAUGCAGUGCAGAAAGAAUAAGUAACGAUGCCAUUUCCCAGUUAUGUCAGAAUUAUUAAUAAUAAACAGCUUACCCAUUGUGACAUUGCACAUUUGAUGUAUAUAACUGUAUAUAUGGCACGUAACAUCUUAACACCUAGAGUUCUUUGAGGGCUUAUACCUCCAAGGAUUUCUUUCUAAUAAAGGAAAUAGUUUGUCGAG